ACUUCUCAUCUGAAACAUCUGCACGAUCAUGCAUUCCAUGAAAUUCUGCAUUCCACAUCUUGGCGAUUGUUGUUUUGGAUUUCAGAUUCACCUGCAGCAGAGCUAUCAGUUGUUCGGUCACAUAUAACGCCUCCUUCCGUUCGAGUUUGCGUUCCGAGAGGCGCGAAGUACCCUUUGCCACACGAUUGCACGAAGUCUCAUGCCCGACACGCACUUGCACACUUGCACACUUGACACUGCGACGGGAAUAUCAGUUUUCUUCGGGAGAGCCGGGGUUGCGGAUCGAAGAGAGGGCUUCCUGUAAGCCAGGUUACAUUGCGACCGCGCAUGCCAAGCACCAAACGUGAAAGGUGCAGAUUGCAAGAAGUCUCGUGCCCAGCACGCACUUGCACACUUGACACUGCGACGGGAAUAUCAGUUUUCUUCGGGAGACCCGGGCUUGCGGAUCGAGGAGAGGGCCUCCUGUAGUCGAGGUUACAUUGCGACCGCGCAUGCCAAGCACCAAACGUUUCUGUCUGUGCAAGAAGGGAGGAGAGAGUGGAAGGGGCAGGUUCGUCCAUCGCAAGUGACGCUGCCGAACUUGCGACACGGGGAAUGGAUUCCGCAGACGAGGAACCGCAGCUUCCCUCCGCCAUCCAGGACCUUAUUUGGCGUCUGGAAGGAAAAGGCGAGCCUAUAACGCGGCUUCCCGAUUUCGGACGGCAUGGAUCGCUCUCGACGGACACAUGGUGGCGAAGCCAUGUGCGCCACGCAGUGCUGAAGGCAAUCGGCAACUGCAACACCCUUGAGUAUCUGGAAAUACACUACCUUUGUGGCGGACAUAUAUCGAGGUUGACAGAUAGCGAAUGGGAUGAAGUUUUGAGUGGAUUCAGGAGUAGCACCGUUCUACGAGUCUUAUCACUCCGAGACUUGACGUGGAAUUCAGUUGAGGAAGUGGAGAGCUUGUGUCUGAAGCUGGGGACAAUUCUGAAUACCUCUAGCGUAGCAAAUUUGGCAAUUAUCAGUUGCAAAUUGAGUGCAAUAUGUUAUUUGAAUCUCGCAUCAGGAAUGCGGGGAAAGUCUGAAUGUAAGCUCAAGUCUUUAGACUUACAUAACGCUGCGUGGGAGGACUCGAGUGCGUUGGAGCAUGUCACUGACAUGAUCAACAGUGCUACUCGAUUAGAAAUGCUGAGUUUAGGCGGCACUAAUGGCCACAUGUGCGACAUGGACGAGGAGGUCGUUCGAACCCUGUCCCAAGCUAUAAACCUGAGCUCGUCUAUAAAAACAUUGAAAUUAGUGUGCGCGAAUAGCGGAGCAUCGGACUUGUUGCGGGAGGUAUUUGCCUCGGAUGAUGGCAACCGGUCUAUUGAACAUCUCCAGAUGAUGCACAUGCCUGUACGCGGACAUUCUCUGAGAGAUCUUCUCAUUUACAAGGAGGUGAAAUUGAAGGAGGUGAAGUUGUACAAUAUCGACAUGUUUCCCGAGGAAUGGCGUGCGGUAGGACAAGCCAUACGGGUCAAUACCACUGUAAAAACUGUUGAAGUGUCAAAUAUGUUAUAUGUCGUUAGUGGCCCUGGAGGUCCCCUGGAAGGAUUAGAAGAGAUUGCGCGUGCUGCUAGCUCUCAUGACAAGGACCCAAUCAUGGAGGUUACACUCAAUGGUGAAUUCGAAAACCUUUCAGAGCUCAACAUUUUAGGAAAGGUUCUGCGCGGGGAAAUCAAAUCUGUAAAAUCUUUCCGUCUUUCUUGGGGAAAGUUUUCCAUUUCAGGUACAGAUAACUUCCAAGAGAGACUGAAAAGUAUCUUCCCGAUAAAUCGAAAAAGUGGCGAUGCUUCAGUCCUGGAGAGUCUAGAAUUGUAUCUGGGAGAAGAUACUCUGAAUGGAAUAUGGUGGAAGCACCUGUUUUUGUUCUUGCGUGGGAACACAAGUCUCACUCAUUUAACUUUGGGUGCCCAUGUUGACAAACUGGCGUUGAACGAAGAGGCAUUCAGGGAACUCAUGGGGCUCCUGCAAGUCAACUUAUCUCUCCGGAAAAUAGAUGUGAGAGAAACCUCAUGGGCAAUGGACGGGAAGGCGGCGCAGAUUGUAAAGGCCCUAAAGCAGAACGAGAGGCGGGCAGUGUACAUGUCCGUUUACAGAGAAGCCAAAUUAGCAUUUGCAAGAGCUGGUCGACUCUUCUUAUGCGGCUCUCCUGGAGCAGGCAAGACUCAGUUACGUCAAACCCUGAUGAAGAUAGGCAAAAGUCGGCUCCGCAACAAAUGGGAAGCAUUGAAGUUGAGAACCAAAGGCAUUGAAGUGGAGCUCUUGCAAAAUAAUGACCAACUCCAAAUUUCUAUUUGGGAUCUUGCGGGACAAGGAAUUUUUCGUACCCUUCAAAGUGUGCUAUUUCCUCAAACUAGCAAUUUUUGUGUUUUUAUAUUUGUGUAUAGCCCCUUCUGUGAUAAAAAAUCUUUGGAGAAACCAGACUCUUGUUUACAUUCAGAGUUGAGAGAAUGGUUGAGUUUCAUCUCAUCUAGCACUAGGGUUACGGGACAUAAUCGUCCACAAGUUCUUGUUGUGAUUUCACACAAGGAUAAACUCAAGUCCACUUCUUUGACUUGGGCUCACCCCACAGUGAAAGAACUUGCGGACAGAUUUUCAAAAUUUGUAGAUCUGCACCCUAUUCUAGAGUGUUUUCACGUGGAUGCUCGGAAGGUGAAGCAAGUUUUUCCUCUCAAAAAUCACAUUCUUGAGACAUUCAAGAAGUUGUUGAGUGAAAAAUCCCCACAGAUUCCCCUAUUGUGUUCUCAUCUCUCUUCCCUCUUGGUUACAAAUACUAAGGAGAAUAGAAGUUGCCCUGUUUGGCCUUCCCAAACAUUUGAUGACUUCUGCUUGAAGCAAUUAUCUUCAUUCUCUUCUACUCUCGCCCUUGAUCAUUCAAGGAUAAUGAAAUCGAUCAUAUCCUGUUUGAAUGACAUUGGAGCCAUAGUUUCCAUUCCCAACGUUCAUUACAUCAUUGUGGAUCCUAACUGGCUUACCAAUACAUUAUUGGGUGAGCUGGUAGCUUUGGGUCAAGACUUUCAAGCUAAAGAGUACCGGACUUCUCGCCAUGACUUGCACACAAGCAGGGACGGAUUUGUGGAUGAGAGAGUCUUUGCUGACUUGAUACAGAAGUUUUUGGGAAAGCAACCACGUGGAGAGCAAGUUGUGAACAGAGAGUUGAUUGAAGAUAUCCUUAUCAAUUUGGAUUUGUGUUUCAAGCUCGAAAAUACUUCUCAGUAUUUCAUUCCCUCCUUCAUACCUGAGCAUGCAAGCUUGGAAGAACAGAAGUAUCAAGAAGGGGCGCACGUGGAGUUGAAGGCUUGGGAAACUAGAGUUGAGACCUCAAAGUUCGUAGGCAUCCGGAUUCAAUGCCAAGAUGAAAGAACAAUGUCAUUGAGCGCUGCUUUUUUCCCAUGCUUCCAGAUGUUCAUGAGACGCAAGUUGAUGUCGGAGACUAUGACAUGCUCUCGACAUUAUCUGAGACUUUUUCAUGAUGGGCACGAGAUCUACGUCGAACAAGAUAAGUCCCACAAUUUUGUGGAUGUUUUGAUGUUAUACUCGAAGCAUAAAUCAAGGGAGGGGGCUCUGAAAUACGCGAUGAAGCAUAUUGUCCAGGAGUUGAUAUCAUUUUGCGCAUCACCCAAAGGCUGUCCAGGGGUGGCGUUAGUGCUUGGUGUGAUCCAAACGAUUUGCGUGAAGAUGCUGAUUCCGAGUCAACUGAGAGGAGCAAUUCUAAUCGAGGAUCUGAAAUCAAAAUUCAUUCGUAAUAUCAAUGACAAACUUGAGGAUAUUCCUUUGGAGAAAUCGCUCUUGGAGAAGGAAGAUGAGUUGUUCAACUAUGAGCAUUCUUGGCCCUUGAUUAGAGAUCACACAACACAGGUUAUAUUCGAAAGAGCUAGGGAGUUGCUGUGGGAUAGCGAUGUGGAAGCGGUUGUGAAUGAGACUCGACAGAAGCGAAUGCAACAAUUGGAGUCAUUGCAGCAAGGCCUUAUCCAACAAGUGGAGUCAUUGCAGCAAGGAAUAAAAAGUGUGAACAAUGACUUGGUUCAGACUCAGCCCUCCAAUCGACGUUCAUCCAGGAUGUUAAGUCGGGCGAGCACAAGUGUAGGGAAUCGUUCAACCCGACUUGUUUUGUCCACGAUACAUCAGCUAAGAGAAGACCUAGUACAAAGGUUUGAUGGUGUGGAUGAGGGGUUGAAAUCAGUGGUGAGCAUUGUGGAGAGAUUGGAAAAGAAGGUGGGACAGAUUAUCUCCUUGCAACAAGAACUGCAAUCAACGUUAAGUGCCUUCAUGUCCAAAGUGGACACCAUCAUUCAGUAUUCUUCAUCUCUUCAGCAGCCGAGAGCUCCCAAGAGACCUUAUGUUACAGACGAUGUUGGCAUUUUAUGCAGGGUAAGUGCAUUUCUACAUGUUGGGACAAUCGUUCGCUUACACUUGAUGUGUGAGUCUGUGACUGGGUAUCACACUGUAAAAGAUCAAGAAGGUUUGAUGUUACAAUUGAAUCAAGAGAAUCGCAGGUGGAUUAGGAAAACUAUUGAAAUUUCAUACAAGGUCUUGUAUUAUGCUGCAAAGGCUGGACUGGAGAAGACCGUCGGGUUGGGCCAAGCUAUACCGGAUUUGGCAGAUUUAAAAUCUGAUAUUGUUCAAUUAGAUGUUAGCGAUCGUGAUCGUGUUGCAGUUGUAAAAGUCGGGGAAAGCAAGGAGCUGAAAGAAGCAUGGCUGAGGAUUCAGCAAACUCUUGAGCAUGUUAACUAUUCAGCAAAAUUCAAGUUGUAUCAGGUGAAUUACGUGAGACCAGAAUUAGGUGGGCAUGCAUGGGUGUGCGAGGAGUGCAUGAAUAAAGGUCUUGCUUCAGGCAUUUUGACAGAUUAGGAAUUUGAAGAGGUUAGAAUGUCAUUAUGCAAAUGACAAGCAUAUGUUUAGAUCCUCAUGCAAUAUACAACUCUGCAAAAUAUUCCUU